GGCGCUGUGAGAAGCUGACCCGCCGUCGAAGAGUUCAGAAGGAGAGCAAAUCCAGUUUGAUUGGAGGAAGUGGUACAUCAACAAAAAAAGAUGGCCGAAGUGAUAGAGCUGCACAAAUUAAAGCUUGCCGAACUGAGGCAAGAGUGUGAGGCCCGAGGUCUGGAGACCAAGGGAAACAAAGGAGAUCUGAUCGCCCGACUCCAGGCCUAUCUAGAAGAGCAUGAGGAAGACGUGGACGUAGACGAUGUGCUGGCUGAAGAUUCUGUGGACUUUGGUAAAGUGGAGAGCUCCGACACCAUAAAAGUGGACAAUGGUUCUGAAACAAUUGCAGAUGAGCCGCCUGCUGAGAAGAAGGUGGUGAAAAUAACUCCUCCUUUAUCUGCCGGUGAAAGACUACAGAAAAGAGCCGAGCGUUUCAACCUGCCAGCAACAGCUGAGAGCAAGAAGGCCUUACGUGCAGCAAGGUUUGGCAUGCCCUCUGAUUCUUCAAGCCCUUCUCCAGGCGUUGUAGCCAACAGCAAAGCUGCGGUGAACGUCGACGUGCUGAAGAAGCGAGCGGAAAGAUUCGGCAUGAACGUCUCAUCAGUUUCACAAAAGAUUGAUGAGGAUGAAAAGCUGAAAAAGAGAAAGGAGAGAUUCGGGAUCUUAACAAGCGCUCCGUCAGUUGGAGGAGACGACGUCGAGGCAAAGAAAAUGAAGCGUGCAGAAAGAUUUGGAAAAGUUUAAAACAUUUUGACCUUUGUUUUUGUAGUGUGUUUUUUUUUUUUAAGGCUGUACAACUGAUUUCUGGGGAUAAAAUCUCAGUAACUGGAUUUUUGGGAAUCAUAAGUUCAUAUCUAAGGGUUAGAUUCUGGAAAUGACUGUCUUCCCCAGAGGCUGAAAACUACUCAUUUAUCUGUUUUUACUUAUGAAAAUUUGAGGCACAGACUAACUUCCUGUGAAGAGCUGUUUUUGUUUCUUUUUCAAAAUUAGCUUCAAUAAUAAGGGAGCAACACAAAUUUUAUUUCCUGCAGCUGCUUCAUUGUAUAAGUUGGUCAUAAUGUUUCCUUGUUCCCAGUCAAUCAUUGAUAAAAAAUCCUGCUGCAUAGAAACCUGGAUGAUGAUGAUAAUGAUGAUGGGAAAUACAUGAAGCUUUUACUGUGACGUAGUGACAGAAAGCCUCAGAUUAGGACAAACUUGGCUCUGUUAAAGGUUAAUUUCAGUCUCAGCUUUGGGGCAUUUUAAGGUAUUUUAUUACUCUGACAAGUCAGUUAUAUGAUUGUUUACUAAAUUUCAAAUAACGAAGAUGUUUCCUUUAUUUGAAUUUAAUUGUGUUUUGAUUCAGCACACAGCCUUUUAAUUCUUAAUGUUUUUGGAGAGGUACCAUCAUAAUACUGCUUCAGGUUAUCUGUCCAUUUUGUAACAUUUUGAAAUUUAAAAUAAAUUGUUUUCAAUUUUCUGA